GGGGGUUUUCUCUGUCUUGUUGACCUCCUGACCCCCCGCCCAACUAACGAGUCUGGUGUUGGGGCAGAUUCAGCUACAGGGGGAUAUGGAGACAAGUAUGGAGUUGAGGGGGAUUCAGCUACGGAGGGCAGUGCUGAGGGUGUGUUUACUGGACCUGGUGGCACCGCGGGUUGAGCCAAUGGAAGUGGGGUAGAAUCAGCAGCAACAUCCUUCAACGGCUGCUCAUUAGUGAGCCAGAUGUCUUUUCGAUUUCGACGGCGUACUUCCCCGUCAAUUCUGAUGUCAUAUGAUCUGAGAUUUCGCAAAUUGUUGGCGCUAUAGACGGUUGUCACACCGAAAUAAACGAUAACCACGAGGACUAUUUCAACAGAAAGCAGCAUUAUAGUUUCAAUUUACAAGCCAUAAUUAAUUGCAGUUUAAAAUUCAUUCAUGUUAGCUUGGGUAUCCUGGAAGCAUGCACGAUGCCAGGGUGUUAAGAUUAAGUGGCCUUUUUUAUCUUGGAGAAAAAGAACUAGUUUUAACAUCACCAAAGAAAGUUGUCAGUGCGACAGAAAUUCCCCCUCUCAUUAUAGGAAACAGCGCGUAUCCACUGUUGAAAUGGCUUGUCAAACUUUAUCCUAAUAGAAGGCAUCUAACACCAAUGAACGUGAAUUUAACAAAAAGCUUAGUGCUGCAAAGUCUGUUGUUGAAAGAGCAUUUGGCGCGUGCAAGGGACGCUGGCGGUUACUAUUAAAAAAAGUUGAGCAGCAAACCAGAACACUCAGUAAAACUGUUCUUGCUGCAUGUGUUUUACAUAACAUCUGUGGCGAUAACGGCGACUUGUACGAUUGCAGCGAUAGCGAUUCAGAUGACAGUGAUUCUGACAACGAUUAUGAAGGACCAUUACGCGAGGGCGGCGCUGAAGUAAGGGAAACACUAAAGAACUUUGUGUGGGAUAACUUUUAA